CCAACUGUUAGUUGCUCACAGACCAUCGUUACAUUAACACUUCACAUCAAGUCGAGCUCGGAUUACGUUUUGUUCGUUAACCAACAACAAUUGUACACACACUCACAACUGAAAGAUGAAAUCUUUAAUCGUUUGGACAUUUUUGGCCUUAAUUCUGUUGUCUGCAACAAAGGCCGAGGAGGAGAAAAAAGAAUGCGGUGGGGAUCCCGAAAAGGAUGGACAAGUUACUGCUUGGUUCAAAAAUGCCGGAUGCACUCUGAAGCCCUAUGCCGAUUCGGUGGCCUCCACAGCAAAGAAAUUCGGUAACACUGUGGUCCAGACAUAUGACGAUGUCAAGCACAGGCUGACCGACAGCGAUGAGAAGAAGCCCGAAGAUAGUUCAACACCCGCCACCGUCACUUCGACCGAGAAGGUGCUAUUGGCCCCCCUACCUGGCCAGGGCACAACAGCCUGACAAGUUUGAUUGCCCCAAGGGUCAAGUGCGCGAUCAUCAAAGUCAGUGCAGGCCUGGUGUAUAGUUUUUUUACACAUUUUGUUGUUACUUCAUAUCAAUCUAUUGGAAGCGAAAAGAAAAGGAAAAUAAAACAAAUUUUAACUAAAGCAUAUAAAGCAA